GCACAGCUUGGGCUUUGUAGGGCUUUGGUGGGUCUGAAGGAGCCCUCAGCUUUUCUACCACCACCAAGAUCCUGAGCAGGGAGGCAGAAAUAAGCAGAGGAAAGUGGGCAGUGAGAUAGGAGAUCAAAACUGCUGGACUCUGGCAUGGCACAGCCUGUGGGCUGAGUGUCCCUGUGGUCCCCAUCCUCCUGGUGUCCCCAUGCUCCUAAUGUCCCUUUUCUUCUCAUGUUCUCAACACCCCUGUGGUCUCUGGUCCCCACGUUCUCAGCAUCCUCAUGCUGCCGGUGUUCUUUUGGUCCCAACAUCCUUAUGAUCCUCAUGUUCUCACCAUCCCCGUGCUCCCAGUGUGGUCCCACUGUCCUCGCAUCCCUCCAUCCCAUACAUCCGGACCCCCAGAUCACCACACGAAGCUCAUAACACCUUUCUCCCUGCAGGAAGAGCAGCCAAGGCACCGACGAUGACUGCCGAGAGCACCGAACCCAAUGGCCCCAUGCGGGAGCCGAGUGGGGGCACAAAGCCGUCAGCCCCCCCUGCCCCACCGCGGCGCCGAGGCCGAAGGCUCCGACGCAAGUCACUGCCGGAGGUGGCGGUGAAAGGACAGCUUCGCAUGCGCUCACCAUCGGGAGCCUUCGUCAUGGUGGGCAUCUCAGUGGUCUUGGUAGGCAUGACCAUUGCCGUGGUGGGCUACUGGCCCCACCGGGGGCAUGGAGGUGCUGGGGCUGGAGCAGGGAACGCCAGCACGGCGGGGGACAUGAGGAGGGAGGUGGUUGCCGGACGUCCCACGCCCCACAAUGAGAAGCUGAAGCUGAUCGGCCCUGUCAUCAUGGGCAUCGGACUCUUCAUCUUCAUCUGUGCCAACACCAUGCUCUACGAGAACAGGGACAUGGAGACCCGCAUGCUGAUGCAGAAAGGCCUCUACUGCAUGGCCACGGAUCUCCCCAAGGAGACCAGCCCCAAGGAUGAGGACACCCAACUGGCACCCAAAGCCAGCCCUGAAUGCUUGGAGGGCUGCUAUGAAGUGGACCUGUCCUUGGGCAGCAAGUGGGCUGAUGGCUUUGGCCCCAACAGGCUGCAGACCACAGCUGAGCUCAUGCAGUGCCCGGGGGCAUCCCCAGCAGCCUCCCUCCUCAGCCUCCACUCGGAGGCAAACCUCGGGCUCUCCACCACCGUCGGGGCCUUGGCAUUGCCCAUCAUCAAGCUCAACAACCGCUUGCUGGAUGCGGCCUCACGGGGGGCCAACGGGAUGACAGAGGGAGCCCACCUCCCCACUGAAGGCCCGGUGCCCUCCUGUGCCCUGCUGUCCCCCAGCGGCAGCAGCGUCGCACCUCGGGGCCUGGAGAACCACAGUGGCCAUGUCGUCAUCAACAUGGAGGACGGUGGCCCCGCGGUGGAUGUAGGCCCCGAUGCUCAGCCCCACAACCCGGGGCACUCCAAGUCCCCUGGACCUGGGCAGGCCGGGGUGCUGCUGGUGGCUCCCAUCAAGGACCGUAAAAACCGGAGUUGGCCCCGGCUUGAUCACGUCAACGCGGUGGCUUAUGCCAAACUGGAGAACUGGGGAGAGUCCUUGGACCGGCUACUGGAGACCAGCGGGACACCACACCAUGCUGAGCCCCGGCCCAGCUCCUGGGUGGUGGGCAUGGAGGGGGGCUCACGGGUCUGACAGCCCCGGGGUUGAGGGUUUGAAGCAGACUUUUGAUGCUGAGAGGUCCCCGAGCCUGGGGAGGACUCCUGGGUUGGGACCUUUGCUCCUCCUCGCCUGCCUCUUCUUCCUCACCACCUUCCCUGGGGAUGCUCUCAGCCUUACAGAGCCCUUCUGCUGGCAGCCUUCCUGGAGGAGCCCUCACUUGUAGACCCACGGUGGACCAUGGCAUGGGGUCGGGGUGAGCAAAGCACAGAUGGGUCCCCUUGCCCAACCCAAAGGGAAAUUUGCUUGAGCAGAGCCUGACAGGGCCAUUAAAUGUUACCUUGAUGCCACGCAGUGCUCCCUUGUCUCAUACUCAGGGUGGGAGUAUGACAUCCCCACCACUCUGGGCUCUGGGCAGUGUGGGAAUGUGUGUGAGGAAGGUGGACAGGGAGAGCUUUUCCUGGAGAAACAUCACCACUUCACUGGAGCCAAUCACCAGCCCUUGCAAACCUCUGCUUUCCCUGAAAUUGCCUCAAACCUGGGUACAGACCCAUCUCAUCCCUUGUUUCUUGAGCCUCUGUGCUCAGAGGACUCGGUUUCCCAUAGGGAAUGCCAAAGGGGUAAGUGUGGAUGCUGCUGUCCUAAAAGCAGAGGUGUUCAUUGCGCCGGUCCUGUGGGGUUUGUGCCAAAUGGGGUCCAACUGCCUGCACUGGGGCUCAGCUCCUUCACAGCCUCUCUGUGCAGGUAUGGCAGCAGGAAUGCUGUGUGCCCUGCUGCUGUGUAUGUGCAGAGAGGUGGUGAGCUCAGGGUGAUGCAAAAGGAGCCCAGGGAGCUGCAGAUGUUGGUGCUGCUGCCCACUUCACACUGCCCAGGCAGCUGCAAAGUUCAAGCAACAAAAUGGAAAAGUUCCUGGAGUUUGUUUCCGAAGCUGAUUUUGGGGUGGAGAUGAUAGUUUUGUUUGGAUGCAAGCAACAGGAGGAUGCAGUGGGGGAGAGAAAGGGGCUGGCUCUGGUUUUAUGGUGCUGCUGGUUGCUCUUGUGUUACUUGGUGCCAUUUGGCUGCAGGAUGGGAGCUGCUGAGGGGCAUCACGUUGCUUCCAUGAGGACAAACCAGAGAAGGUUGUUUUGCAGCACCGCGGUCCAUGCCUGAUCCUGCUGCUGCUCCAGUGCUCAGCAGGGCCCUCCCCUCCCAAAUUCUUUCCAGCAGCAGCAGCUGGGGACACGUCCCCAAACCUCCCAGCUCCUCUGCAGGCUGCAGUGGAUCCGCACUCAGAGCUGCUGCUCUUGCCAGUGACCCGGGAGGCACAACAGCAUGGCACUGCUGCAUGGGCUGGAUCCCUGCCUCUAUCCCAAGAGCAAAGUUGUGGUGUGGGGCUGAGUGUCAGCUGCUGAAAUAUGUCUUUGCUGCAUGAAAUGUUUUUGUUUUCUCUUUUGUUCCCAUCCCCAUGAAACAAGCACAGAGUUUUGGACCUUGGAAGCUGCAGGACAAUGUCUUUCUUCAGCCCAAACCAUCUCUGCAGAACAUUUUGGCUUGGCAGCCAUGUGCUCUGACACAAACACACCGUGUUGUCACUGCCAAAGCCCCCUGUGUCCUCGAGCAGAGCUGUGCUGGUGUUGGGGACAGGGGGAGGGCAGGAGGUGCCAUGGCUCACCACCAGCUUGCAUCUCCACCCUGAUUAGUGGUGGUGAUAGCACAUGGCACCAGGGCUGGGAUUAGACAGACGAAUGCCUACAAGGCUCAAACCACUGAUUUUAGAGCAGUCAGGGCUUUUUUUAUUUUCCCUCUUGGGAAAUUUGGCAUUGUGUGUUUCUUUUCAGUGUCUGCUUCUUGCUCUUUUGCCCCCACUUUGCUACAAAGCAGCCCAGCAAGCAGAUGGGCUGUGGUUGGCUUCCUGCUUAACCUCCAGGUGAUGCAGCACUCAGUGAGUGCAUAACCCAACCAGCCAAAAAGCCACCAAAGGGCUCCCGGGGCAGGAAUGCACCUGGGGGCUGUUUGAGAUCAAAAGUAACUUUUCCUUUGCAUGCACCCACACACCCCCCAGCUCUGCUGCUGCCCUGGGACACAGCAUUGGAAGCACUGUUGAAAUGGUGCUUCCAUCCCAUCACAAAGUUAAAGCACCCCAAAAGUAUCUCAGUGCUGUGCGGCUGUGAAAUGCAAUGCCUUAAGCUGGGGCAAAAAAUAAAAAUACAAAUUAAUAUAUAUACAUAAAAUAACAAGGUAUGGAAAAGAGAUGGAGGGAAAAUGCUGCUAUUUUGCAGAGGGUUUCCAGCUGCUCAGCCCUGGGCUCAUUUGCAGCGUUUCCCUCCCUGCACUGAGCAAACUCAGAGCUGUGAUGCUGCCUGCCUGCUAAGUCUUGUCUGUUUCUCCCCCCUCUAAGAUUUAAAGUCUAUGCAAAGGAAAGCACUCUGCUGGUGCUGCGUGCUUGUAGUACAGCCAGGGAACCCAAGGGAGGGAACCCAAGUGCUGGUACAUUAUUUAGGGAAGGCUCUCCCUGCUAUAAAUCUCUGUGCACUGGCAGUGUGUAGAGGAGGGGAAGGUGAGAGGGCUCAGCGCUGCCACUUGAUGAGAUCCCAGUGGUUAAGGAGGGUCCAUGCAGGGAUGGGUUGUGCCCUGCAGUGAUGGAGGCUUCUGACCUUUGUGCGUGGGAUUUAGGGCAUUACCUUUGGUUGGUUGUGGCAGUGAGCUCUGAGCUCACAUCUCAGUGCUCGGAACCUGGCUGAGGUUGCUUGUUUUGUUGCAGCCUUUGUAGGUUUGGGAGGGUCCCAUUGGGAAGCUGAGUUCUGAAGCCUGAAUUUACUGUUUGCACCUCAGAUUGUAAGGAUGGGAACUUGGCAUCUGUUCCCACUCCAACAAAACACCUGGAGAAGGUCAAGGGUGCCUGGCACUAUGUUGGCUCUCUCCUGUAGAACCCUUUAACUCCUUGGUGAUAAUUAACCCCAAGGCAGCGUUAAUGGCUCAGCUCCCUCAGUUCCUCCAAGCAGAGGUUCCAAAUACAAAACUUCCAGAAUGAUGUGACUUAAAAAUGCCCCUUUGUGCUCUCCUUUUCCCCCUGGAUGUACCCCAUAGCACUGAGGUCUCCGUCCCCAAGAAAUGGACUGAAAGGUUUGGCUGCUUGGAGGAGGGGAUGCAGUGGUGAUGGAGUGCACCAACGUGAUGUAAUUAUGAGUGCUGUGGUGUCUGAGAAGCACAGUGUGGAGCAGAAACUGGGCUGUACUGGUGUGGUGUGGUGGUGUGCUCUGGGCUGGGCCUCCUGGAGAUGGUGUGGCACGGGGCUGUGUGCUGUGCAGAGCAGGAGGGAUGCUCUGAGCCCUGAAUCUUGCUGAUGGGAACAGAGAUCAGGCAAUUAUGGGGGCACUGGAGCUGCAGCACCCAUAGGUGCUGGUGCUACAGUGCAUGGAGCCCAGAGAUCUUGGUGGGGCUGAUGCAGCAGGGGAGAGUUUCCAGCCCCAUCCCCAUCACUGGGAUGCAGGGGUUGAGGUGCCCCUCGUGGCUCCUGGGCAGGGAGAGGGGCUGUGGGUGCUGGGUGUCACAAGUGACAGCACUGACCCUGCCUACAGCAGCCACAUUCUGGCUCCCAAAAUGGCAUCAACAGCCUAAAAAUAUCCCCAUAGGAUGCGGAUGGGAACGUUCUGCUCCCAAUGGGAUCUCGAGAAGGGUGGGAGUGGGGGAGCAGUGGCUUUGGCUCCUCUAAAUGGAUGGGAGCUGUGAGACAGAGCCUGGGUGUGGGGCCCCUCAGGAGGUGUGCUUUGGGAUUGGUGGUUUUCCUUUGGGUUUGGUGGUUUUCCUUUUUAUUGGAAUUCCUUUACAUUUCCACGGUGUUUGUUUGCCUGUUUUUAUUUCCCUUGCAGGCAGGCUCUGCAUGGGGGGGAAACUGAGGCAGGGGUUAAAGGGAUGCAGGGCCAACUCCUCACCUCACCAGCUGAAUGUUUUGCUCUUUCUGCCCCAAACUCGUGUUUCUGCCCUUCUCCAUUUCCCUCUAUGGCACAGGGCUGCUCCUGCAGGGACAGGGUUUUGUCUGGGUCGUGCACUGGGCACUUCAGCAGCCCUCCCCAGCCCCAAGGCAGGGUUAUUUAAGGAGCAUUUUGGGCUCGCUGGCGCACACAGUGAUCCUAAUGGGGUUGGACAAACCUCAGAGCCUGGGGCACCGCUGGCUCAGCGACCCGAUGCGCUUUUCAGCUUCAUCUUUGUGCUGGGUCAGUCACACCGUGCUGUGAUGGAAGAGGCAGCUCCAGCAGCGGCCGUUUCCCAACUAUUUGUGGCUGAUUUCUAUGGCUCUCUUUUAAGUUGUGCCUGCAGCGGGUUGCAGUUGAAAACAUGGAGCAGUUCGAGAGCCAAUUGGCCCCCAGCCCCCGUGCAGCACCGCCAAGUGUGCCGUGUCAGCACUCCUGUUGGUAUUUCUGCUGCUCUUAAGGAUGCUGUGGAUGGGAUGGAUGCCUCCCCAGCCAAGCAAAAAAAGCUAAAAGUGGCGUCAGACAGCAUCUCUGCUCUGGUUUGGUCACAGCCAUUCUGGGUUGGGCAGUGGUUGCUUUGCAGAAGCGCUCACCUGUUAACGUGAUGCUGUAAUGCUGUGGGGGAAGCUGGGUGCUCAGGCUCUGCUUUUGGGGAUCCCAUCCCAACCCGGGGCUGCAGAGGGCAUGGAGUGAACUGCAGGGAGAGGUGCUGGGAAGAGAGCUGGCAAGGAAACCGUUUGGGAGGCAAGGAUGUGGUUUUGUUUGAAAAUUUAUUGAAAAAUGCAAUACAAGAAGCAAUACCGAACACUUACGUCUGUCUAAAUGCUACGGCAACUUUCCCUUUGAUUUACUAUGAAAGUCCAAAAUAACAGCUCCCAUCACUAUUCAAUCUAUAAAGAUCUGCCAAUAGGUUUCUAUUUUUAUAAAGAAGAGUGUAAACAGCUAGCCUAGACAAUUCACCAUUGCCUUAAAAACUUUACAAAGCUCCUUCAUAUCUCAACUAACUUUUUUUUUUUUGUGUGUUUUUACAAGUUUAAUCUCUAAGGUCAGGGCACUACCACCUCUUCAGGUAAUUGUACAAUUAGGAAAUCGGCAAACCACAGUUCUUUAAA